UGUAGCUGCAUCCCCUGCUGUCACUAUGCAGGCCACUGAACAACCUUCCAAGAGUCAUGCUUUGUCCUGGGUUUUCAGAUCUUGAUGGUUAUGGCAAAAUCUUUCUUCAGCUUAUGGUAUAAUGGACUGCCAGUUGGAUGAUUUACAGUCGUCUGAAACAUGAUAUAUGCUUCUCCUCUUCCGAGUCCAUGUUUUAGAAAUAAGUAAAGAAGACUUAGAAUGUAAAUAUGCUGCCUUGCCAAAAAGGAAAUCUCAUUUCAGUCGAACUGUCUUCCAUUGAAGUGGAUAUUGGUCUUUUCUCAUUGUUCCUCAAGUAGUUUUCAGUGGCCUACAUGCUGACGCACUACCAGUUUUGUUUCCAAAAGAGGAGUUCACAGAAUUACACAGUGUCUGAUCCAACUAGCCGUUCUGAUGAUCCUCACUGGACCAUACUAUGUCAGAGAGCCACAAUGAUCAUGCAAAAUAACAGUUCAGCCUCACCCCUGUUUUCAAAUGUGAGCUCCUUCUGGAAGAGAGAUUCGCACAGACCAGGACUCCUUGAGGAAGCAGCAUCACUCAUUGGCAGCUAUGAUUUCCCUCAGACCACAGAGAGUUUUACCUUCUCCACUGUGGAAUCAACAAACAUGACCCUAAAUGCCACAAGCAAAGACCCUCUGGGUGGACACACUGUCUGGCAAGUAGUUUUGAUUGCUUUCCUCACAGGGAUCCUUGCCCUGGUGACCAUCAUAGGAAACAUCUUAGUGAUUGUUGCAUUUAAGGUUAACAAACAACUGAAAACGGUCAACAACUACUUCUUGUUGAGCCUUGCUUGUGCAGAUUUGAUCAUCGGUGUUCUUUCCAUGAAUCUUUAUACAACAUACAUCAUCAUGGACCACUGGGCUUUGGGAAGCUUAGCCUGUGAUCUUUGGCUCUCCAUUGACUAUGUCGCCAGUAAUGCCUCUGUCAUGAAUCUCCUUGUUAUAAGUUUUGACAGGUAUUUUUCCAUCACUAGGCCACUAACAUACAGAGCCAAACGAACAACCAAAAGGGCUGGGGUGAUGAUUGGUUUAGCAUGGAUAGUCUCUUUUGUUCUUUGGGCCCCUGCCAUCUUAUUUUGGCAGUAUUUUGUUGGGGAGAGGACUGUACCUCCUGAUGAAUGUUUCAUCCAGUUUCUAACUGAACCUGUCAUCACUUUUGGCACUGCCAUAGCUGCCUUUUAUUUGCCAGUCACCAUUAUGAGUAUUUUGUAUUGGAGGAUCUACAAGGAGACGGAGAAACGCACCAAAGAGUUAGCAGGGCUACAGGCUUCGGGCAGUGAAGCAGAGGCAGAACGCUUUGUACGCCAGACAGGCAGCUCCCGGAGCUGCAGCAGCUACGAGCUGCAACGGCAGAGCAUGAAACGCUCCACUCGAAAGAAAUAUGGACGCUGCCAUUUCUGGCUCACAAUGAAGAGCUGGGAACCCAACAACGACCAGGGGGAUCAAGAGCAUAGCAGCAGUGACAGCUGGAACAACAAUGAUGCUGCUGCCUCCCUUGAAAAUUCAGCUUCCUCUGAUGAAGAAGACAUUGCUGCAGAGACCAGAGCCAUCUAUUCAAUCGUGCUGAAGCUUCCUGGUCACAGUGCUAUCCUCAAUUCCACGAAACUACCCUCUUCGGAAGAUCUGCAUGAGUCAGGGGAUGAACUGCAGAAAUCCCACACAGAAUCUAAGGAAAAGAAACCGAAAAAAUUGCACCCUCCCAAAAGUGUUCAGGAUGGUGGAAAUUUCCAAAAGAGCUUUUCUAAGAUUCCAGUUGAGCCAGAGUCAGAAGAGACAACUGCAGCUUCUGAUGGCAUCUCAUCAGUGACCAAGACAUCUGCAACCUUGCCCUUAUCCUUUAAGGAAGCAACACUGGCAAAAAAGUUUGCCUUGAAGACCAGAAGUCAGAUCACAAAGCGAAAACGAAUGUCACUUAUCAAAGAAAAGAAAGCGGCGCAGACACUCAGUGCCAUUUUGUUUGCCUUCAUCAUUACCUGGACCCCAUAUAACAUCAUGGUUCUGGCAAACACCUUUUGCCACUGUAUCCCCAAAACUUUCUGGAACCUGGGGUAUUGGCUUUGCUACAUCAAUAGCACGGUGAACCCCAUGUGCUAUGCACUGUGUAACAAAACAUUCAGAAACACCUUCAAGAUGCUGCUGCUGUGCCAGUGUGACAAACGAAAACAACGCAAACAGCAGUAUCAGCAAAGGCAGUCUGUCAUUUUUCAUAAGCGGAUCCCUAGGGAGGCUUCAUAGUAUAGUAUUUUUUAAACAAUAAAAAACCAAUGAAACAGGGAUGAGAUGGGAUAGGACAGGAUGGAAUGGGAUAGGAUGGGACAGGAUGGCACGGGACAGGGCAGGAUGGGACACAGGAUAGUAAGGAAUAUGAUGGGAUGUGUUGGGGUGGGAGGGUGGUUCCAGGGUGCUGAUUCUAUGAUUUAAAUAUCAAGUCAUGAAAGCAGCUGCCAGACUUAUUUAUCCGUUCAAUAAAUCCAGUUUAAUAUAAAAAUCAAGUCUGCAUUCAGCAAAAACUAACAAACUUCAGUGUUUUUACUAAGGAAUGAAAUAUUUAAUAUCGUUUUCCUACAAAUUUGCAAGAAGCUGUAUAGCAUUUAUAAACCCAUUACUUAUCUGCCCAGCUCUUUGAUCAUAAUCAACUCUGAGAUCUCAGGUAAGCACAUAUAGCUAGCCCAACUCUUCUGUUUCCAAGGAAUCCAACAUCUUUCUAUUCAAGUUACAUAGAGAGGUAGCAAGCUUGUGAAAUAGGAUUAUGAAAUUAUUUGAGAGACUGUAUAAGUUGAAAAAUUGCUUCUUGUUGUCCAGGUAGAGUUUCCUGUCUACUUCUCUUCUGGUAUAUUGUCAAUUGUCCUCCUGAUUCCUGAUUUCCAAGUAUCUAUGUGUGCAGCUCAUGUUAUAUGUGUGUGUGUGUGAGAGUGUAUGUAUGCAUAACAUACAUUCACACCUGUAAAAUACACACAUACUGGGAAAGAGGUGACCUAAUGUCCUAGGUUUUACAGGACCCCUCAUCAUGAUUUCAUGUGAUUGAAAUUUUAAAAGGGAGUCAGAAAAUCAUGUUAUAUGUAUAUAGUUCUUUGUUUGCCACCCAAAACUCAAGUUUAUCUCUGGAACCAAAACAUGAUGUCCACAUUUCAAAAAGAGAGAACCAAAGCAGAGCCUGUGAGCCUAACAGUCUACAGAAUUUUAUAAUGGGGUAGAUGCCCAGUAAAACCUUAAUCUUGAGCAUAGUGUCUCUCCGGAAUGUGAUCACACCUCUUUAAAAGAUAGAAAGGUGAAAGGAACUGAGAGCUACAUUCGGGAAAAAGUAUGAAGCUAUCUUUGUAGGGCGUAGGAUGAUGGAACCCCAGAUCAGGGCUGCACAGUACUGAUGCUCAAAGGGAGCUGCUCAGGAGCCAGGCAGGCACAAUCACCAGCAGAACCCCCAUGUUAUCCUGGGGGGUCUGCACUGCUGUUGUGGCACACACGGGUGCUGCAACACCUCGUCCUGAGUUGCACCGUGUGGAUGCACCACGAUUCUCGGAGCCAGCUCUGAUCUAAUGUGCAGUAUCUCUACAGCUUCCAAUAAAAGUUCAAGUUUUAAUUUUCUGACAAAACUUGGUGGAGCCCCCCUGCUUGCACUGUCUGCCCAGCUGAUCUUCAGAUGCAAAAGAUUUGUUUAAAAGAAAUGCUUUAUAUUUGCACAUGAAGGAUGCUCACUAAAAAGUGUUUCUUUUCCAGAACCUGUUUUAAAAUCAUCAGGAGAAGCGCAUCUAAAUCCUUUUGACGCUAGGUUAUUCGGUGUUGCGAAAAAUGUGAUAUUGCCAAUUUCUAACCUGGCAAUUUUUGAUAAAGACAAUUUUAAAAGGGCUUUAAUAUUUAUAGCUUAGACAUAACCAGUAAUUCCUGGUAUUUGUGAUGUGGUCUGCACCACAUAAAAAGUCACAUAUAAAAGUCAGAGGUCCCCUGGGGAAAGGAUUGUACUUUGAACUGUUGCUCUAAAUCUGAUUUAGUUACAUGUUGAAAGAUUAUUUUGUAUUCUCCUUUGAACUGACCAAAACUUUUUUUAUUGCUUAGACUCUUAUUUUGCUGAAAAUAAAACAA